GUACAGAGCGGCCCGUCCGUCUCGUCUCAUCUGUCAGUCGCUCAGUCAGCGGUCAGUUGGAUAGUGCGGGACGUUACGAGCUUAAAGUAAGGUUAACCGCUGGUGAUGUGCGGUUGUUGAGUUGAUAUUACCAAGUGUCCGUCCUGAGCCUUGAUGAUUAUAGUGAAGAUGUUUGUGUGUGGAAGGUGAGUGAAUAACCUUCAUUAUUAUACAAGACAUUAAUGAGAUAUAAAGAAACAUAAAUAAUAUCUAACAUAAUAUUAUCCUAACCAAGACAGAGUGUUACCUAAAAGUGUAAUUAACUCUCAGGUAAGAAGUUAAUAAGACUGUAACUUAUUAAUUUACCUGUCACCGUAGUAGACUGUGUCCACUAACACCUUCACUACGGCGCCGCCACUCACACGAGUUUAUUCAGCGCAGUGUUAAGUUAAUAAUAAAAAAAGAAAAAAAAAUUGAAAAAAAAAAUAUUAUUGUCUCAACUGAAAAAUAACAAAAUCGUUCAUUAGAGUGAUCAUAGUGUUGUGUGUUGAACUCACCCCAAGUUCUGUGAUUUGUCGUGAGCUGAGACGACACAAAGAUCUGUUGUGGUGUGUGUGAACCAAGACGACCUGAAGAUGCUCGGUAGUGUGGUGGUGUGCUGAGGACGACACCUUCGUCAUGACCAGCCCCUACCAGCUGGCACUUCUGGGCAUGACAAGAGGGCAGGAGUCUGACGAAGACACAAACAAGCCCUUAGAACUACUGGAGGGUUACUACAGUUAUAUCAAAGUUACUCCUCUACAGUCCGUUUUCUCUUAUGGCAACAGUACAGAGCCAGAUGGCGGGCACGGUGGGGCGCCUCUGGGCCUCGCUCUCCUCAUAGCCAUGGUCUCCGUCGCCCUGGCUAUUGCUAUCAUCGCCCUCCUUAUAAGGACCACCACCACUGUGUUCUGUCGCUGUCACCUCCUGUUAAAAGUGGACAUAGAAAACACACGUUGUAUUAGUUAUAACAAACGCCGCGACACAGACAAGGACAAAAUACGUGAACGAAGUAACAACUGUGGGUGAUAUAGACAGUUGUGGUGAUUAAUAGACGUUGAAAUAAAACAAAAGAAAACUUGUGUAGAAGGUUAAUAAGUACUUUAAGUUGUGGAAAAUACCAAUCAUCCAGGAAGAAACACCUCGUUUGUUUACUUUGUGGCAGGUGUUCUUAGCCACUCAGAAGGUGCUCCUCGGCCAAUCAGAAGUGCUCCUAGGCCAAUCAGAAGUGUUCCUAGGCCAAUCAGAAGUAGAUCCUCGGCCACUCACAAGUGUUCAUUUAAGUUUGUUAAGAAGACAGCCAGACGUGAAGAAUGUCGAUCAAGAGGAUGAGUAAGAUGAAGCUGGUGUGGAGCCAGAGUAUGGUGAACCUGGCCAUCCUGGACCCUGAGACGGCCAUGAUCAUCGCCCAGGACACCCACUACUUUAUGUACGGCAAGAUGAGGCGACGACAGAGUUCAGACACGACCGACAUGGAGCUGGACAUGCCCACUGAUCCCUACCUGCAGGUGAG